UCCUAGCUCGAAAACAUUCAGUCUUCUUUUGGCAUCGACAGAUCAAAAUUCUACAAAUAAAUUUUAAAAUCCGUACACAAUGAAUAAGGUCCGUAACGUUCUGACUGUGCCCAACUGUGGCACAAUGUUGCGCUUGGCGCGCGGCUAUGGACAGAGUGCCAAACUGGUAAAGCUACCAAAAGUGGAUAUACCAACGGGUAAAUUCAGGUAUCUUAUGAUAAUGGCCUAUAUCCAUGGGGAAACCCGCACUGCCAGGACGCUGAUACGCGGCUACAAGAACAUAGAAAACCAUUUGGAGGGUUAUGAUAAGGUUCAAGCCGAGGUCCACGACAAAGACCUUUGCACACAAUGUCUGGGUGGCGGCUGGAUGGACCAUGACGAUUGCCACAAGGUGAUAUCAAUCUGGGGCAAGUCAAAGGUUUUAGGCAAGGCCGAUCAUAGAGAAGCUAAGGAUAUACUGAAGAAAGUUUAUCCUGGCUACACAUUCAAAUAUGAAAAAGGUGGUAUGGAUUAUUAAAACAAAUUAUCUUCUGGAUGCUUAACUACAUAAUAGACGAUACAAAAUUGAAUAAAGUAAUGAAAUGACUGAUUAU